AAGCCUGAAGGACGAUAUGUUUUCCUGGGGGCACCGGGUUCCGGAAAGGGCACACAGAGUUCCAGCCUUCGUCAUUCUCACUGCUAUUGCCACAUCUCCACUGGCGACAUGCUUCGCGAAGCUGUUGAUGCUGGAACAGAUCUCGGCAAGAAGGCCAAGGAAAUAAUGGCCGCUGGUCAACUCGUUCCAGAUGACUUGGUUCUCAGCCUACUUGCCGAGCGGAUGUGAAGCUCGGAGUGUGCUCGUGGAUUUAUUUUGGAUGGGUAUCCAAGAAACCAACAACAAGCCGAGGCGUUGGACAAGCUGCUCGAGGCUCAGAAGCAAAAGCUCGACGGAGUUGUGUAUUUCGAUACACCCGAGGACACUCUAGUUCAAAGGAUCAGCGGCCGCCGCGUGCAUCCUGCUAGUGGAAGAGUUUACCACACAGUCUUCCAUCCGCCCAAAGUUCCCGGAAAAGAUGACGUUACUGGCGAGGACCUGAUUCAGAGAAAGGAUGACAAUGAAGAAACGCUUCGAAGGCGGUUGCAUGUAUUCAACCAGCAAACGCUCCCGUUGGUACAGCGGUACGAAAAGCGCGGCUUACUACAGCGCAUUGACGGUAGCUUGCCCGCAACAUCUGUCAAUAGUCAGCUGUAUGCAUUCAUUCAGAAACGUUCAGAAAGUAGCUAG